AUGGGAUAUGGCCAAGAUAUGAUUAAAUAUAUGUUUUAUUUGAGAAAUGUGUUGAAUAAGAGUUAUUUUGUUGCCUGGAUUAUAGGAACAUUAAUUUUUGUAUAUGUCUGUUAUGAGCAAUUUUGCAGAAUAUUCGGUAAUAAGAUGCCUUUAGAUGGGCGUUCAGUGUAUAUUACAGGUGGAUCCCAAGGUGUUGGUAAAGCGUUAGCUAUACUUUGUACAAGUAAAGGAGCCCAUGUCAGUAUUGUUGCUAGAAAUAAGAAUAUUUUGAAAGAAGCACUGAAAGAGAUGGAGAAAACCCAGAAUGUAAGAUGUAACUCGAAUCAGAAAUUGAAAGCAAUUAGUGCAGAUUUGACAAUAGCUAAAGAAGCAAAACGUGCUUUAGAUGAGGCAUUUGAAACAUCACCUGACAUUGUUUUUUGCUGUGUGGGUGCUGCACAACCUGGGUUUUUUGUUGAUCUAUCACCUGAACAGAUUGAAGAAGGUAUUAAAGUAAAUUAUUUGACAGCAGCGUAUACGGCUCAUGCAGCUCUUCGUAAAAUGAUUAAUAACCCAUUGCUUUCCAAAGCAUCUCCAAGAAGAAUUAUUUUUUGUUCAUCACUUCUCGCAUUUUUGGGUAUGGCAGGAUAUUCUCAAUAUUCUCCUUCAAAAGCUGCCUUGAGAUGUUUAACAGAUACUCUUCGCCAAGAAUGUCUUCUUUAUGAUGUUAAGGUACAUUGUGCAUUUCUUGCAACAGUAUAUACUCCAGGAUUUGAAAAAGAGCAAUUGAUUAAACCGGAGCUUACAAAAGAACUUGAAGGAAUAGAUCAAGGCCAAUUGCCUGAAAUAGUAGCUUUACAUAUAAUUAAAAGUCUUGAGAAAGGACAAUUUUUUAUUACGACUGAAAUUAUUGGUGCUCUUCUUAAAAACAAUAUGAGAGGACCAUCGCCAAGGGACAAUAUGGUUGUUGAUACUAUUCUUGGAUAUAUUGCAUCUUUUAUUUACCCUUUUGUUCGUAUAAGCCAUGACCAAAUUGUAAGAAAGUAUGCAAAAAAAAAUCGUCAUAUAAAAAAAUAG